UUCUUGCAAGUGAGUUUAUUGUUUUCAUUAUCAAAGUGUUUUUUUUCUUUCUCAUUGUAUAAUUUUGUUCGUUUUUUAAAAGUUUGCGUUCAUUUUUAUUGGCACAAAAGGAAUCCCAUACACAAUCUGUAGUGAAUUGUACAUCAUAAAUUCCCACAUAUAUUACAUAAACAAAAUAACAAACAAACCAAAAAAUAAAGAAAAGAAGAAAAGAAAGAAAUGCUGUAAAAAUCACACUGUGAAACCAAAAUCCAUCAACAAAGAAUAUAAGAGAGUCUUGAAUGCUUUGAAUUUGUUUAAUCUCUGCACAGUGAAAAGUGAAAUGCUGGCAACACCAAAGUCUUCUGGUGUGACCAAAGUGUCAUUAAGAUAAUUAAUUAAUCAAUAAUUAUAAUAAAUUAUUAUUGGAGGUUUACUGCAGUGUCUCUUAUGGUACAUUCAUUCAGUGCUGCAUCAGAGAUUAAUUUCAGACGAAUGACUUCAUCUAUUGUUCAUAAACUUUCAAUUCAUUGCCCUCAAGCUGUUAAAGUCCAUAUUUGUGGAAAAUGUGCCCACAGGGAAGUUUCCAUGCUGUCUCAGCACAUAGGUCUACCAUAUCUAUCAUAAGGCUAUAAGAUGCCAACUUCCACAGAAAACCUGCCAUCACCCAUUGUGAUUUCAGAGACGUUUGUUUUGUUUUUCAGUUUAUUAUAAUGCAAAUUAUCAGUGCAGAAUGUAUAACAAACAUAUAACAUCUGUUACUUUACUCAUGUAGUGUACAGUGGCCUACAUAAACCUCCCCGAAACAUAAUAAUGAUGCAUUUCAGAAAAUGUAGGCCUACAGUAUGUACACCACAAUACAACUUAUUUACUGUAAUAAUAGUUACCAAAUUAAAAAUGUUUAGUUUUAGACUAAAACUAAAAUUCAUUGUUUUAGAGGUGUUAUUACUAUUUGACCAGGAGAGGGCGUAAAAUAGAAAGUUAGCCAACCAGUUCAAAUUACAUCAACAAUUUUAAGAAAACAGAUAUUUAUUUGUUACGUAGUGCAUUCAAUGCAUAGUAAUAUGCAUAUUAAAUUAAAUAAUAUUUUUUCAUUUUCAGAUAAUGGCUUAUUGAAAUCGUUAUGGUCUGUUAAAAUCUCUCUGUUUUUCUGGAUGUUCUUAAGAGACAAUAAUUACUCAUAUGUUAACACAUUAAAUGGAGUGAUUUUUUUGUUUGUGGAUUUAUACUUUAUAUAAACUGAAGGUAAUGCCACAAAUUCUAAAUUCCAUGACGUCAUAGUGGUAGCUAGAACAGAUGAUGCUAUGCAUGUUUACACUUUUUAUUAUGCAUAUUUAGUAUUAUUUUGUUUGUGUGUGGUAUUGUGCAGUGAUGUAUAAAGUACCUAAAAGCAGUACUUGAAUAAAAGUACAAAGAUCUUGCCAGAAAAUGACUUUGGUAGAAGUGAAAGUAACCUUUUAGAAUAUGACUUGAGUAAAAGUCUUAAAGUAACAGAUAAAUAUUGUACUUAAGUAUCAAAAGUACUUUUUAUAUUAAAUCUACUUAAGUAUUUAAAGUAAAGUUGAAGCAAACGUGUUUAUAUUUUUACAUAAAGAUAAAAAAUGGUGCUUACAUAGAAAUGUACAACUUUGAAAAAGCUCUGUCUCAAGCUCAGUGUUUUAUCUGGAACAACAUGUUGCCAAAUUGCUAAACUAUCAAAAUACAAGUUCAGAAAACACAUCUUUACAACUUAUAACUUUAUAAAAGUAUAGUUCCCUCCCACCCCAAUAUUAUCCCUCUAAGAGAACAACUUAAAACAAAAUCAGAACAAAUCUGUCUGGCCCUUACUUCUUUCUUUCCUUGCAUUUCCCAAGUCAUUUCAUCAUUCAUUGAAACUGAAAAAAUGCUGUUUAUCUUUAAAAGCAGCAGCACAUUAAAACCUUGAAAUUAAUAGCGGAGAGCACCUUUUUGCACGUGCACACUGAGCUUUAACCAAUGAUUAGUUCAGCAUUGUCAUGGUGACCGGAUCGCCGACUUUUCUAUUUCAGUUCUGGUUCUGUGCUUUUAUUUUGUAGUAGCGAACAUGCUUAGGGGAUAUGUAAUGUAUCAGAGUAAAAGUAUACAUUCUGUUCAGGAAAUGUAGUGGAGUAAAAGUCAAAGUCUGCAGAAAAAGAUUCAAGUAAAGUACAGAUACUACCAAAAAAUACUUAAGUACUGUACUUAAGUAUUUUUACUUCGUUACAUUACAACACUGGUAUUGUGGUAUGUUUAGAUGUUUAUGAUGUAGAAAUGUGCUGAAAGGUUUCCGUUCCCUUGUCAUAUAAACGUUCUUUUCUGUUCCAGAUUGCCACUGAGUGUUUGGUUUUGGAAUUUAAUGUGUGCACUAUCCUAAAUAUUUUGUGGUACAGGAAUGUACGGUAUGUAUAUGCAUGUGUAUGUGCCUACCUGAAACACUCAGUAGAGGGCGAUGCUUAUCUGAAAGGCCAGCAUCCAUGUGCUUUAAACUGAGAAAUAACAGCUCUGUAAAAAUCAACACAUGGGCAAGUACUGAACUUCGUAAAUUCCAGAGAACAGUUUAAAGACUACUCUGAUCACACGCUGAUAUCUUCCCGUCGAUGAGUGCUUUAAAUCAAGCCUGCUAACACGCGUCAUAGGAUGUUAAUGUAUAAAGAAGCAAGUAUCAGUGGCCAAUGGAUACAGUGGUUCAUAUUCAUCCUUUUCACACUUCUUCAUGGAGUAAUAUCUGAAACCAUUAGAGCACUGGAUAUAAUGGCCAAAUAUCCACUAAUUGAUGGACACAAUGACUUGGCACUGCAGCUGAGAAUACAUCAUCACAACAAACUAAGCCUGCUCGAUUCACACAACAUUCCUUUGGUGGCUACAGACAUCAGUCGCCUCAAAGCUGGUCGUGUUGGAGGACAGGUGUUUGCAGCGUACGUGUUGUGUACAGCUCAAGACAAGGAUGCCGUUAGGCUGGCCUUGGAACAGAUUGAUGUUAUUCGUCGUCUAUGUACUGAAAACCCAGGGCUUGAACUGGUGACUACAGCUGAAGGUUUUAAUAACUCUAAAAACAGUACAAAAAUCACCUGUCUAAUAAGUGUGGAGGGAGGUCACACCAUCGACAGCAGUUUACCAGCAUUGCGCAUGUUCUACCAGCUUGGAGUAAGAUCCAUGGCUCUUACACACACCUGCAACACACCAUGGGCUGAGAGCUCAUCAAAAAUAUACCAGCAUUACCAACGGAAGAGCAAUAGCCUGACAGAAUUUGGUAAGGCAGUGGUUUCUGAAAUGAACAGGUUAGGAAUGCUGGUUGAUCUGUCUCAUAGCUCUUGGGAAACAGCCAGAGCAGUGCUGAAACAUUCUGCAGCUCCUAUUAUUUUCAGCCACUCCUCAGCAUACGCUGUCUGUAACAACACUCGUAAUGUACCCGACGACCUGCUACUCCGGCUGAAAGAAAAUGGCGGACUUAUCAUGGUGAACUUCUACAGCGAUUUUGUGGCAUGUUCAAAUAAGGCAAAUGUCUCUGUGGUGGCUGAUCAUUUUGAUCACAUAAAGCGGGUAGUAGGAGCUGAAAGUAUUGGGAUUGGUGCAGAUUUUGAUGGCGCACAUGGAUUUCCUCAAGGCCUGGAAGAUGUCUCCAAAUAUCCAGCUUUGAUAAGCGAGCUGAUAUCAAGGGGCUGGACUGAGAAAGAGCUGGCCGGAGUGUUAAGACUGAACUUCAUCAGGGUGUUCAGAAAGGUUGAAAAGGUACGUGAUGGUAUGCUUAAAACUUCACCCAGUGAAGUAGAAAUCCCAUUUCUGGAGGCAAACAACAGCUGUCGUGUGAUCUUGACCCGUCCAGUCAGGACAGAGAGUAGCCAUCAAAACCACAAAUCUCCUUUGCUGCCUGUAAGAGCUUUGGCUUGGUUUAUCCCAAUUUUUGUUCAAUUAAUUUAUUAUUAAAGC